UGGCUGCUGUGCUGCAGACCCCACCAUGCUGUGCACCUUGCUGAAGGCAACCCUCGGGCUCCUCUUCCUCACUGGUCUGCUGGAGGUAACAUCCGGGAGCAGCAGGCUGCACAUCGAACCUGGAGAUGCUGAGAUCGUCCUUAGCCUCCACAGCACCUUCUCCCUCGUGUGCUAUGGGGAUGGCAUGCUGGUCUGGGAACGGGAAGGUCAGACUCUCCCCGCCUCGCUGGAACACAAGGAUGGUGUUUUCAUCAGCAAUCUCACCCUCUGGAAUGUGACGGGCCGUCAAACGGGGGAGUAUAUGUGCACCUACAGCCCUGACCAGGCUCCAGAGCCAACAGAGAGGAAGGCUGUUUACAUCUAUGUUCCGGAUCCCUCCCUAGUCUUCCUCCCCACAGCUGCCGAAGAGCUCUUCAUCUUCAUCACGGGCUACACGGAGGCCAUCAUCCCGUGCCGUGUGACCAACCCACAGAUGCAGGUGACCCUCUAUGAGAAGAAGGUGGAGAACCCCAUCCUAGCUGCUUAUGACCCACAGCAGGGCUUCAAAGGCUUCUUUGAGGACAAGACCUACUUCUGCCGGACAACUGUGGAUGACCAGGACGUGGAUUCAGACACGUUCUAUGUAUACAGGAUCCAGGUUUCCUCCGUGAAUGUCUCCAUCAGCGCGGUGCAGACCAUUGUGAGGCAGGGAGAGAACAUUACCCUGAUGUGCACUGUGAGCGGCAAUGAGCUGGUCAACUUCAACUGGGCUUAUCCUCGCAAGAAGGCAGGGAAGGCUGUGGAGCCAGUGACUGACUUCCUGCCCGGAUCCACCCACGAAAUCCGCUCCAUCCUCAUCAUCCAGAAUGCAGAGUUGGAAGAUAGUGGGACCUACAUCUGCAACGUCUCGGAGGGCUACCACGAGAAAACGGACCGGAAAGAUAUCACAGUCCAUGUCAUUGAGCGUGGCUUUGUGCGCUUCCACACUCGCCUGGCCAGCACAGAGUACGCUGAGGUCCAUAAGAGCCGCACCAUCCAGGUGGAGGUUGAGGCCUACCCACCACCAAGCAUCAUGUGGCUGAAGAACAACAAGACACUGACCAUGGAGAGCAACAGCGAGUUCACCAUCUCCAGCAGGAACCUCUCAGAAACCAGGUACCAAACAGCUCUGGUUCUGGUGCGAGUGAAGCAGGAAGAAGGAGGGUUUUACACCAUCCGGGCUUCCAACGAGGAUGAGAUGCAGGAGCUGUCCUUCCAUCUGCAGAUAAAUGUGCCAGCCAAAGUGGUGGAUCUCAGGGAGAACAGCAGUGCCAGCAGUGGGGAGCAGACUGUAACGUGCUCUGCUGAAGGAAUGCCACAGCCAGAGAUCAGCUGGUCCACCUGCAGCGACAUCAAAUGGUGCAGCACCAAGGGGCAGCCCACCCGGCUGCUGGGGAACGACUCUGCAGAGAUCGGCCUGCAGACCAACGCCACGUACCACGCAGAGCUCCAGGUAUACCGCGUGAACAGCGCCCUGCAGCUCCACAGGGUGGACGAGCCCCUGCUGCUGAGAUGCACCGUGCAAAACUUCCUGGGCACGAACUCCCAGGACAUCACGCUGGUCCCACACGCCUUGCCAUUUAAAGUGGUCAUCAUCUCUGUCAUCUUGGCCUUGCUGGUCCUCACCGUCAUCUCCUUGGUAAUCCUCAUCGUUCUGUGGCAGAAGAAACCACGUUAUGAAAUCCGCUGGAAGGUGAUUGAGUCAGUCAGCUCCGAUGGGCACGAGUACAUCUACGUGGAUCCCAUGCAGCUCCCUUAUGACUCCAGCUGGGAGGUGCCCAGGGACAAGCUGGUGUUAGGACGCACCCUCGGCUCUGGUGCGUUUGGACGCGUGGUGGAGGCAACAGCCCAUGGCUUGAGUCAUUCACAGUCCACCAUGAAAGUGGCAGUCAAAAUGCUCAAGUCCACUGCCAGAAGCAGCGAGAAGCAGGCCCUCAUGUCCGAGCUGAAGAUCAUGAGCCACCUAGGACCUCACCUGAACAUUGUCAACUUGCUGGGGGCCUGCACCAAAGGAGGGCCCAUCUAUAUCAUCACCGAGUACUGCCGCUACGGGGACCUGGUGGACUACCUGCACCACAACAAGCACACCUUCCUGCAGUCCUACAGUGAGAAAGCCCGGCGAGAGGCGGAGGUGUACGGGAACACCACCAAGGAGGACCACGUGCAAAGUCACCUCUCCUUGUCUGUUGAGAGCGAUGGGGGCUACAUGGACAUGAGCAAGGACGACUCCCUGGAUUACGUGCCCAUGUCUGAUAUGAAGGGUGAAGUCAAGUACGCUGACAUUGAGUCCUCCAACUACGGCACCCCAUAUGAGCUGGACACCUAUUCCCCAUCAGCUCCUGAAAGAACAGACCGGGUGACACUGAUAAACGAGUCUCCGCUUCUCAGCUACAUGGACUUGGUCGGGUUUAGCUUCCAGGUGGCCAACGGGAUGGAGUUUCUGGCUUCCAAAAAUUGCGUGCAUCGUGAUCUGGCUGCGAGGAACGUCCUCAUCUGCGAGGGGAAGCUGGUGAAGAUCUGUGACUUUGGCCUGGCGAGGGACAUCAUGAGGGAUUCAAACUACAUCUCCAAAGGCAGCACUUUCUUGCCCCUUAAGUGGAUGGCCCCAGAGAGCAUCUUCAACAACCUCUACACCACCCUGAGUGAUGUGUGGUCCUUUGGGAUUCUCCUCUGGGAGAUAUUCACUCUGGGAGGGACUCCAUACCCUGAACUGCCUAUGAACGAACAGUUCUACAAUGCCAUCAAACGCGGCUAUCGGAUGUCCAAACCCACCCAUGCCUCUGAUGAAAUCUACGAUAUCAUGCAGAAGUGCUGGGAGGAGAAGUUUGAGAUAAGACCAUCCUUCUCACAGCUGGUGGUGCUUAUGGGAAACCUCUUGGUGGAUUGCUACAGAAAGAGGUACCAACAGGUGGAUGAAGAGUUCAUGAAGAGUGACCACCCCGCUGUUGUCCGCACAAGACCCACAAUCCCUGGACUGAACAAUGCCAGGCCUGCUCCCAGCUCCCCCACCAGCAGCAUCCUCUACACGGCUGUGCACCAGAACGGGGGCGAGAACGACUAUAUCAUCCCCCUUCCUGACCCCAAGCCUGAGGGAACGUGUGACCUCCCUCAGGAGGCCUCCAUCAGCCGGGCCAGCUCUAUGCUGAACGAGGUGAACACAUCGUCUACGAUAUCCUGUGACAGCCCCUUGGGCCCACGGCAGGACGAGGAGCAGGAAUUCGACUCUCAGCCGGUCUGCCAGGAGCCGAACGCAGGGCACCACGAGGUGGAGGAGAGUUUCCUGUAGUCAGAGCUGGGCUGACUCUGCAUCUGUCCAUGGCAAGGCCAGCUGAGGGCUGAACCAGACAUUGCAGAGAGCCAAGCUUUGCGCUUGUUCAUAGGGACGUCCACGCCUGUCCUGGCAUUCCUUCCUCCCUCCCAUCUCCUGGGAUCGGGUGGGGAAUUAGAGACUCUUCCUCCGUUGCCAUCCCCUUCCCCUGUUACAAAGAGGUGGCUCUGUGCCAGCAACCCUCCAUAUCACUGCCACAACCUCCCCAGUGAUCAAACCGCUGCUGGAGGGAGACAUCUCAUAGACCAACACCUUCUCUUCAAGUGGAAGACGCAGGCCAGAUCUCCACAUGAGACGCCACCUUCUACCUUGCUAAUGUGAUACUCCCACCUCUUCCCCCUCCGUGCUCUUCAGAUGGCAAUGAGUUUCAGCUCCUCUGCACCAGCACUUCUCUGAUGGUCUCAGCACCAGCCAUACUGUGGCACAGGUUCUGUGAAAUGCCACCAGGACAGACAAUUUCCUUGGAGACCAUCAUCGGGGUAUAGAGAAGCUGUAACACUCCACUCCAGCUGCUGGAGAUCAAGAAGUCAUUGGGUGGAUUUUCCUUCUAGUGCAGCCAAGGCCUGGAGAGAUCAGCCGGCGUCUUGGAGAUAUUGAAUAACCUUUCUCGCCAGCUCCUCUACAGUGGAUAGCGCAUCAGAGGCACUACAGGUACCACGGCUUUGGGACACAGCUCUACAUCAACCUGUAGGGGCUGUCACACCCUGAAAUGCUUUCUGCCCAGCAAAGCACCCAGGGCUCCCAAGGCAUGCCAGGAACUGGAAAAGCUCUGACAAUGACUUUGUUGUGGUAACAGACAGGGCAAUGUUGCCUUUGCCUGCAUGGACACUAAGCUAAAUAGCCUCCACGGAAGAUUUAAAGGGAACAAAUAUACUAAUCCACUAGCCAGGGCCAGUAUCAGGAAGCAAUAUGGCUAUUCAUUAAUCUUCUACUGCCACUGAGCCCAGCUCAUCUGCUGGGAACUCAUAUAACCCCAUCGGCUGCAAAAUCUCUGUGCCUUAUCUUUGGGAAGCAAGGGCUUGCUUGUGGUUGACUGUUCACCCAGGCACCCUCAUUCUCAGGACGGGAGGCCUCACCGGUCCCUCCUGAGUUGUAGUAAGACUAUGGAGAGCGCUAAGGAUGCCAGAACACCAACAGAGGGACAUUGCUAAAGAGAGAGCGAGAGAGAGGUCGGAAGGCUCUUUGGCCAGGGCUGAACCGUGUCUGACACACUGCCACUUCGAAUCUCUCUGCUUGCCAAAAUACACAAAGGAAGGUAGGUUUCAACAACAAAUAGCAUUUCUGGUGGCCGGGCACAGUCAUUCGCAGCCUGCUGGGGACUGUGGAUGGAGUGCCACGGGGAACCAAGCAGAGCAAGAAUCGGGCAGGAUUCCUCUCUCUUGGAAAGAACUUUGAAGAAUAAAAUGGCAGAGAUCUUCCUCCCACUUUCGCCUCCUCCCCGGCUCUCACAGACAGGCCUGGGACCUCUUGUGCUCUAUGCUGGCACUUGAAUGAGGGGACUCAAAGCAGGAGGAACACCAGGCUUUUGAAAUCAGCCGUGAGCUCCUGCUCUGCAGAGACGAAAGCUGAACCCCAAAAGCUACAACUGUGACAUCAGCACAGAAAUGAACAGGCUUUUUUCCAAAAGGAGAAGUUUCGCCUUUCACAGAGCUUUAUUUGCUGCAUGCCCCUCACUUCCAUUAACCCCUUCACUGCCCUGCUUAUGCACAUCUUUAUGUGCGUCCUACAAAAACUGCAGGUUUGAAAGCAGACAGGUUUGAAAAUUCAGUCAAUGUAUUUCUGGGUUUCAGCCACCUUACAGCUAUUUAGAUUUCUUUUUUUUCUUGAAAAAAUCUGAGACUUCUGCCAGUAAACCCCAAGCAAGACAGUUUCUGUCUUAAGUCGUCAGUCUUUGCUACUUAGUAAAGCUUCCAUUUAUGCAGCUAAAAGAGGAGUAGAUAUUUUUCUAACUUCUAAGGUGCUUGGUAGGAUCCAUGUCUCUGCAGCUUGAGCCCAUAGGAUGCCACAUCACAUCAUCCUAACAGCCACUGCCUGCGCUAGCCCCAUUUUGAACUUAUCCUUCUCUAUCAAGGGUGAUGAGAAGUAGCCGGUACUCCAGGGGAGGUCAAAUCAGGACCUCGCAUAGGGCAUUAAUACAUUCUGAUCUAUGCUGGAAUUGUCUUGCCUGGUGUAGCUUUGGCUAAUGUUGGCCUUUUCCCAGUCACAACAUAGUGGCAGUUUGGAGUCAUCCCCUGACCGAUCUAGGCACCCACAUCUUUCUACUCUUCUGGCAUUUCUAACCGAGAUACUUCCUGCUGUUCCAGACAUUGGGUCAUCAGUUCAUUUCAUUAGCAAACUUGUUAUUUUUGGGCUGGACUGACUAAUAGAAAUAUUCAAUGCUUCUGGUCUCAAGAGCAACCCUGGAGAACCACUUCUACUACCUCCCUCCAGCCCAAAGAGUUCCCCAUCAUUUAACCGCUUCUCACCCUCCUUUGGGAUAUUUCCGUAUUCACUUCACAGUCCCUGCACUAAACUCCAUGUUCUACAGAUGAAUUACUAAUUUCCCACUAUCAAAUGCUUUUCUACAGUCCUGAAAGUGAAGAUUUUUUGUUCUCCCUCAAGGGGGAACUCAGGUAUCCUCUCCUAUUGUCUGGGCAUUCACUACCCUUGGAUGGCUAUUGCAUUUUUAUCCCAUUUGCAUAUUUUUUAUCCCAUUUAUUUCAAUUAUCCUUUGCACCAAAACCUGUUCUGUCUGCUGAUCGGGUCAGAUUUGCUAGCAAAUUGCUGCUAAUCCUCUCCUUUCUUAACACGGUACACCAAUCUCUUUGCAUGAUGGUACCGUUCUCACCUCCAGAGAGGUAUGGCCAAAUAUCUUCCUUUGGCCCCAGGACUGCAAGGGCCAAGUCUUGCACUUUGUGGUACUUUCCUAUUCAGCUAGUCCUAUCACCCCCUUAGUGAGGGCAUGCACACGCACUGCAGGAGCAGAUCUCCUCCACCCAGGACAGAGUAGCAGCUCUGGCUGCUAGUGUAGGUACCCUGGCAGUGGAUGCUGCCCGGUACUGGUACAGAACUGGUAAGCUCUGCACCAGCGAUGGCUCCAGCUGGGCAUCCCAGUAGCCCCAGCUAAGCGAACUCUCCUCUAAGAGAGGGCUCUGCAGGGGCAGAGGCUUCCAGCUCCAAAAAUGAGCUCACUCUGCACAGGGAGCCAGAUCCAGCCCUCUCUCCCUCUCUCUCUGCUUCUGACAUUCCAGUCCCUGUGCAGUCCGAUGGGUGAGGGCUGUGGGAAACGGCUGGCUCUGCUGGGCCCAUCAGUUUUGUAGCCAUAAUUUCUCCAGCGACGUUCUGAAGGGAACCGGUCCUUCCAGGUUUUUAGUUUUGAUUAUUAGAAUUUUUGUUUGGGUGUGUUUUCAUGUUCAGAGGUGGACCCAAACUGGGGCUUUUACUCACAGCCCAGAUCCCCAGAAGGGACACAUGCCACAGCUUGGGCCCAUCUCUAGUGCAAUAUCUUUUAUUUGUAGACCAUAUUGUACUCAACAGCUCUUGCGUUGUUAUCAGCACCAAUAUAUGCAUAAUCCUACUGCCAGUCACUUUUUCAUAUGUGCCUAAGUAUAUCCCAGAAACUAAUGUGACACGCUGGUGUCUCUUUUCAUGUUAAGAUGUGUCUCAGACUGAUGUGUGUGCAGGAUUUGACCCUUCUGUCCUUCUCGGUUUGCGCGUUCCUAUUUUUUUAAGUGAGAGUGUCAUGUUUAGUGUUUGUUUGCAUCAUGUUAUGAAAUCUAGAGCACAGUGGCCUUUACUUAUAACUAGAUUGUCUCUGUUCACCUGCCAAGGGGACUGUUGUGGAGUCCCGUGGGGAUGAAAGACAGAAGUGCAAGGCAGAUGUGCAGCCUGAAGAAAGUUAGCCAGAAGUGGGAAAUGGCUCUUCCCCUUCUUCCCAGUCAGGGCUCACCAGCUCUCCGGGGUGGGGAGAGACAGCACCGCAGAUACAGGGUACUGGGCAGUGGGUUAGAUUCUGGCUGUGGGGGAAGUCCAGGGUCUGUCUGUGUAAAACUGGGCUGCUCUGGAGGAGGGGAUUUCACAGACCUCUUCUUUUGGCGGCUUUUUCUAAAAUGGGAUGUCAGCUAAUGCAGUAAGGAGGCAAAGCCCCUGCUCCAACGCACAGGCGCUAGGGAAGGUCUCCAGCUGGGCUCAGUGCCUAGCUCGGAUCCCAGGAUCAGCAUGGCCAGUUUGCAGGGCAAAUUGCACAACCUCACACAUGCCCAACGUGGACCGGAGAGCAGCAAGCUGCCAAGUCAGCCCUGGGGAGCCCAGACGCAGCCUGGGGUCUCUGGGGCAUGCCCACAUGGAUCUGGAUGCAGGAGAACUGCUCCAGUUUAGCCCAGGUGACUCUUGGAGAGAUGGCUCUUCUUGCUGGACUGAGAGGAGGCAGGAAAGCCAGCUAGAGCUGAGGGCUGUGCUGGGAGGCCUGCAGUGCCCCACUUGUUCCUAUCCUUUCCUCCUGUAUGGAGCUCAUCAAAGUUGCAAAGGCCUGAAAAACUCCCCAAAGCGUGCUCGCUGCCCUCUCCCCUCCACUGUGUGAACCAGCUGGGAUCACACCGUUACUCUGCAGCUUCCCUGCCUCUACACUGUCUGCCAGAAACCAUCCUGGGGCAAGGAAGAAAACAGAGUUCAGACUGAGGUACCAAAGAGUUAACAUUCUCCUAGGUUUACAGAUGUAUUUGUAGGACUCGUAUUAUGUCACAUCUAUAGCCAUGAGAUAUUAUUUUUAUGCUGUAAACUUUUACAAAUAUGUUUUUAAAGAAAAAGUUUAAAA